AUGUGUCACGCAAUUCUUAAAAUCAUCAUGUUUGUCUUCAACGGCACAAUUUUUGCCGCUGGUGCUGCUAUCUUGGGUGUGGGCAUAUGGGUGACAGUGGACAAGAGUUCUCUACUGGGAAUACUGGAAGAUAUUGAAGGUGCGCCCCCUGAACUGAGCCAGCUGGCCAAUGUAGGGUACCUGCUGAUCGCCGUGGGCGCUGUGCUGGGCGUUAUGGGAUUCCUGGGCUGCUGCGGAGCCAUCAUGGAGAACAAAUGCAUGCUCCUGACCUUCUUCAUCAUCAUUCUCAUCAUCUUCAUCGCAGAAGUAGCCGGAGCUAUAGUGGUUUUGGUUUUCCAGCCUGUGGUCGGGGAACUCCUGGAAAAAUUUGGUGAAGAAGUCGCAAAGACCAUCGAGGAGAAAUAUGGCACACCGGGGGGAGAGACAUUUACCAGUUCUUGGAACACCAUCAUGAAGGAAUUCAAAUGCUGUGGAUACAACAACUACACUGACUUUUCAUCAACACUCCCUCAACUCCCUAAGGAAUGUUGUGAAAUGUCAGCAGACACAUGCACACGCCCUGCAGCUGAAGCUGCAGAUGUGACUGGCUGUUUUAAAACUCUGCUGACCUUUAUCGAGGACAAUAUCGUCAUCAUCGCAGGAGUGGCACUUGGUAUCGCGGCUCUAGAGAUUGCCGCCAUGAUCGUUUCCAUGAUUCUGUACAAUAAAGUUGGAAAAUGA